AUGCGGGGUCCCCCCCGGGUGGGGUUUGGUCUUCCCUUGGUCAGGAACCGCCACUCCAUUGUCGGCCCGCUACCCCAAAACCCGCACACCGGCCCCGAGCUGAGGACGGAGAGCAUGGAGGACAAAUCCCCCCAGCAGAACCUGGUGGGAGAGGCUGUUCUGAAUGGCUCCAGGGCACAGGAAGGCACCGGGGAGGAAAAGUCCCGGACAUUCCCUAGGAGGAGGGACUCCAAAGCCAGCCCACGGUGCUUCGAGGAGGAAAGACUCACCCUGUGCUGGGAAGGCGGCCAGAGCUUGAGCCAGAGCUCUGACCUGGUGGUCCCUGAGCAGUUUCACACUCAGGAGAAGCCUUACAAGUGCUUGGAAUGUGGGAAGAGCUUCAGAUGGAACUCCCACCUCCUCACCCACCAGCGCAUCCACACUGGGGAACGGCCCUACACAUGUGGGGAAUGUGGGAAGAGCUUCAGGCACAGCUCCCACCUCAUCACCCACCAGAAUUUCCACAGCGGGGAACGGCCCUACACAUGUAGGGAAUGUGGGAGAAGCUUCAGCCGGAACUCUGACCUGAUCUGCCACCAGAAGAUCCACACGGGGGAACGGCCCUACAAGUGCUUGGAAUGUGGGAAGAGCUUCAGCAAGAGCACUGCCCUCCUCACCCACCAGCACCUGCACACAGGGGAACAGCCCUACACAUGUGGGGACUGUGGGAAGAGCUUCAGCCAGAGCUCCAACCUCAUCACCCACCAGCGUGUCCACACUGGAGAACGGCCCUACACGUGUGGGGAAUGUGGGAAAAGCUUCAGCCAGAGCUCCAGCCUGACCUGCCACCAAAAGAUCCACACUGGAGAACGGCCCUACAAGUGCUUAGAAUGUGGGAAAAGCUUCAGCAAGAGCUCCCACCUGAUUCGUCACCAGCAGAUCCACACGGGGGAACGGCCCUACAAGUGCUUGAAGUGUGGGAAGAGGUUCAACGUCAGCUCCAACCUGAUCCGCCACCAGCAGAUCCACAUCAGGCAACAGUCCUAAAAGUGUGGGGCAUGUGGGACGGUCUUCAGUGACAGCUGCACCUUCAUCACCCACCAGCACGUCCACACCAAGGAGAGGCCCUACACGUGUGGGGAGCAUGGGAGGAGCUUCGUCCGCUGCUCCAACUCCAUCACCCUUCGGAGGACCCUUGUUGGGAAGAGACCUGGUGACCCACGUUCUGGGUGAUCCAUGUUGGGCACAGCCCUAGUGAUCCGUGUUCCCAGUGAUCCAUGCUGGGCAGUGUAUUGGGUUUUGGUAGCAGGGAGGACUCCAGGAGUGGGUUCUGUGAGCAGCUUCCAGAAGCUUCCCCCAUGUCUGGCAUCUGUUCUGACCCGUCCUGAAGGUGAGGGUGAUCCAGGUUCUCAUUUAUCGAUUCCGUGGGGCAGAUUAGAGUGAAAGGACAGCAAAUGAUGGCUGUUCAUAAAUAUAUAUGUGUAGGGUUUAUUUUAGAACAAUUUGGUUGCCAUGUAAAGCAGGUUUGGAGCCAUUUUGGUUCUUAUCUCUA